AAUUGUUCUUUUUGUUUCUCUUUUGUCUUCGAAUCUGACUAGUUUUUACUUUGCGGGAGCUGGGAAAUCACAUGGUUUGCGUGAAUUUAUAAUCGCGGUUUGAGGAUCUACUAUUGCUUUCAUGGGGAUAAGAGGGUUUGAGUUCGCGCCCGCGUUGCCAGCUUGAGAAUCUCCAGCAUUCCUUUCAUUUCCCCGAUUUUGCACGGGACUUUUUAGUUCUUUUUUGGGCUCUUUUAAGGACUUAAUUUUUUUUUUUCCAUGCUGCUUUGACAUCCCGAAUUUCUGUUUUCUGAAGGUCAGUUACUUAGGAGUGCCUGUCAGUCCAAUUACCAAUUUCGAGCUCAUGAUUUGUUGGUUGGCAUUUUGUAGAUAUAAUGGGUAUCACUGAAUUCAUACAGCUUCUUUCUUGUAAAUGACUUUUGUGUGUCUAAGCUCCAGCUAGUACCUCUUUAGUGAAGUUUUAAAAAUUUACCUGAAGAAAUAACCUGAUGCAUUUGUCAUAGUAAGUUUCGGAGCCAUGAAAUGGAUACUUCCCUCAUCUCUCUUGUCUUGUUGUAGGAGAGUCUUUUCCAUGAAUUUAUUAAUGAAAUACUUGGCCUUGCUAAACUUGCUCAUGCAUAGGAAGAAACUUGUAUUGAUUUAACGAGAGAAAGAUCAUGAAGGGUGGUUGGAUUCUUAUUUCUUGUCUUCCACUCUUUAAAUGGUCUCUUAGUAUUAAUUUGUGGUAUUGGCUUUCUGCUUUGUUUAUUGAUAGGGUCUGCUUCUAGUUGGCUAUGGCGAAUUCCAAGGGGACAGCAAACAUCAGAAAUUUGAUGUACUCCGGGAGACACCCUUUGCUGCCUCCCAAAAGUCCAUUUCCCAGUGUUUCUUCAUCAUAUGCUGAUCACAUGCCAAGCGCAGUUAAUGGAUCAAAAGCUGUGCAGAAGCCAAGGGACAGUUAUGUGCACCACCAACGAACAUCCUCCGAGAGCCUUGUAAUGGAGGAGCAACCAUCCUGGCUUGAUGAUCUACUCAACGAGCCCGAAACUCCUGUCCGAAGAGCUGGUCAUCGGCGUUCAUCAAGUGACUCCUUUGCAUAUGUAGACGUAGCUAAUUUUUCUAAUCUAGAUUAUGCAGCUCAUGAUGAAUACACUUUAAAAAACAUGGUAUCGGUACCUUCUUGGGGAGCUCAAGAGUUUGAUCACUAUCGAGAUAGUCGUCAUUCUUCUUUCCAUCCAGAAGCAAGCCCUGUUAAGCAGAGUGGUAGGGUUUGGGAAUCAUCUCUGACUAAGGUUGCUCCCCCCAGUGGUGUGACUUCUGCACUAUCAUAUUCCUCGCAAGAGAUGGAUAGGGCUCCUUCUGGAGCAAGUGAGAAGCAAUAUCAGGUUGAAUCCAAUUCCAAUGAUUCCAAAUCUUCUGAGAGAAGGGACAGUUCACAUGCCAAGCCUUCUGCAUCGGAGACUGAUACAAAACGUGCUAAACAGCAAUUUGCUCAGCGUUCACGAGUGCGAAAACUUCAGUACAUUGCUGAAUUGGAAAGGAAUGUGCAAGCUUUGCAGGCAGAAGGCUCAGAAGCAUCGGCUGAGCUUGAGUUUCUCAACCAACAAAAUCUCAUUUUGAGCAUGGAAAACAAAGCCCUAAAGCAACGAUUGGAAAGCUUAGCUCAAGAGCAAAUGAUAAAAUACUUGGAGCAUGAGGUUUUAGAGCGGGAGAUAGGAAGGCUAAGAGCACUGUAUCAGCAGCAGCAGCAGCCACCGCAACAGCAGCAGCAGCAGCAGCAGCAGCACAAGCAACCGUCUUCCAGUCUUAGACGCACCACCAGUAAAGAUCUUGAUACACAGUUUGCUAAUCUCUCUUUGAAACACAAAGAUGCCAAUUCUGGCCAAGACACCGUGAGUGGUCCACUGCGCACUUAAGUUGUGGUGUCCCCCUUUUAUCAUGCCUCCAUUUGGAUUUGCUUGUGUCCAUGCCUUCAUGCCCGUGUUGGAUCUAAGUUGUGCCAGGAAAGCAUAGGCUCCUAAAUCCUGGCAUCAUCUCUCCCCAUUACGUGCUCUCCUUUACAACUCUUGAGCCUAAUCUUUGACUGAGUAGUACCUUGAGCGCCUGGUUGUCAUGGCUGGAAACUCCGUUCUCUGGCUGCUGAUAUACCUGAGGUGGUUACUUCAAACAGUAUGGAAAUGCACUUGCUCCUGUAUGUUUACCUAACUGUAGUUUUUGUUAUCUACUCCAUUCUUCUCCAACAAAAUUGCGGCUGUUUGUAGAAUUUAAUGUAGUAGGAAAUUUCCUUUGGGCUGCAUAGAUGUGCAAUUUUUUGUAAUGCAAGAUGGUGAGAAAGCUUUGUCUGAGCAGUCUAUUAAGUCAGUAUCCUGUCUUCAAUUCUGAUUUGGCUAUGGAACCACAUAUUGGAUAUUCAUCACUUUCUCCAUCU